AGGUUAUGCUAUCUAGUUUUCUCUCUCUCUCUCUCUCUCUCUCUCUCUCUCUCUUAUCUGUUCUCAUACAGUACAAGUUAUUUUUUUCCAUGUGCUCUAAGUUUAUGACUACCAAAAACUGAGAUCAUGCACACCAAGGAAAGCUCAUGCUGCUGCUCUUUUGAUGACUGUAAACUGACCACCGAAUGGCUAAUGAGCAGAACAAGACACAGGCCGAAGAUCGCCAUCGUGUGCGGCUCGGGUCUGGGGCUCCUCGCUGAGAACGUCUCUAACAAACAGACCUUCCGCUAUGAGGACAUUCCUAAUUUCCCAGUAAGCACAGUUCCUGGCCACGAGGGGUGUCUUGUGUUUGGUCAUAUCAAAGGCAAGUCCUGUGUCUUCAUGCAAGGAAGGUUUCAUCUCUAUGAGGGCUACUCAUUGUGCAAGGUCACAUUUCCGGUUCGGAUCUUCAAGCUGAUGGGUGUGGAGACCAUUAUUGUAACUAAUGCUUCUGGAGGUCUCUGUCAAGAUUUUAAAGUGGGAGACAUCAUGAUCAUUAAGGAUCAUAUUAACUUGCCUGGGUUUGCUGGACAGCACCCACUGUGUGGACCCAAUGAUGAACGGUUUGGGAUCAGGUUUCCCUGUAUGUCUGAUGCUUACAGCAAAGACCUGAGAAAGCUUACUCUAGACAUCACUGCUGAGCUAGGAUACUCCAAUUUUGUGCGUGAGGGGGUCUACUGUAUGGUUAGUGGACCAAACUUUGAGACCAUUGCUGAGGCACGCAUGCUGCAAAUCUUAGGAAGCGACUCAGUGGGCAUGAGCACGGUUCCUGAGGUGACUGUAGCCAAGCAUUGUGGACUGAGGGUCAUGGGGCUCUCGCUUAUCACCAAUAAGGUUUCUCUGGACUACAGCCGGGAGGAGAAGGUCAAUCAUGAAGAGGUCCUGCAGAUCAGCAAGAUGAGAGCUGAGAUGCUUCAGAACGUUCUCAUCACAUUCAUUGCUCGUUCUCAUCAAGUGGAGCCCAUUAAUAACAACUGCAUCUACCCAAAUGCGGUGUAGGGGCCAUCAAACCAACUGAACCAAUUGCAUUAUAGAUGUCAUGUGAUUGUGAAUGUCUUAAAGCCUAUAUGUGACCCUGCUUGUGAAAAUCCAGCUAAAGUCAUUUUUUUGUGAUUUAAAGGCGGGGUGCAUGAUCUCUGAAAGCCAAUGUUAACAUUUAAAUCACCCAAACAAACACGUCCCUACCCCAAUAGAAUCUGGAUCUUCUUUUGAUAGACCUGCCCCACACAUAAGCAACUCAGACAACGAUCUCGCUUAGUCGACACGUCCCUUACUGCUGAUUGGCUACAAGUGUGUUUUUUAAAAAUCAUGCACCCCGCCUUUAACGUAAAGAACAUUUUGUGAAAAUAUAACCUUGAUUUCUUUAAUAUCGACUGAGUAAGGCCAUGUCAAAGAUUGGAGUCAAUGUAAAAUCAAUGAGUGAAAUCAAAAUUAAAUUAUGAGACUUUACCUUGGAUUUCACGGGCAGGGUCGAAUUUAUCAGCAGCGUAUGUGGUUGAAACCUUCCAGAAGAUCCUGUGGUGCUUUUAGAGUGGAUGUAUUUGAUGUCCAAAGUGGGAUUUUCAUGUUUUUCUAAUACUGCACUGUAAAUCAGCAUAGCCCUGUUAAAAUGAAGAUGCAUGGAUGUUAAAAUAGUGGAUUUAUAUAUUGACUUUUAUUGAGAACUAAUAAAAUUAUAUUGAUGCAAGUUAAGAUGUUAAGAUGUUGUAAGAAGAAGCUGUAUUAUAAACCCCCGAGUAAGACUACUGUGGGUAUCUUGAAUAAUCAUUUUAUCAAUUCCUUCAGGUAUUUUAAAUGAAGUUUUACUUGAGAUAAAGUGUUGUUCAGAGGAAGUUACAUACUGUAAUACUGCUGACAAAUCAAAAUUACUGUAAUUUUGAAAUGACUUUUGUAAACAGAUACUUUGAAGACUUGCAUCAGCAAAAUCACAACUGACCAAUUAUUCAUAAUAUGCCAGGUUUUUAAUUUUUUACUUUGCUUUGCUCUGUGAUGCAUUAAAAACAGAUUUAUCUUUGUCGGCUUAACAGGUUUAUAAAAACAAAAUAAUGGAAUACCGAAAGAAGAUAGGGGUUGAUAUUCGAGAACACUAAUUGCAUAAUUUAGCUAUCAUAAUCAUUUUUGGUACAGGAAAAUCAUUCACUUUCAUACUUGAUCUUUUGACUUUUACAGCUUUCGGCUAUUCAACCAUCACUGCCGUAUAAUAAAUAUACAGUAAUGUGCAAAUGUCUUAGGCCAUCAUCACCAGCUUUGUUGUUCUAGCAAAGUUUUAAUGUCCAUCCAUAUUUAUUUUUCACUCUUUUCAUUGAGAUACAAACAGAAAAUACAGGAAAUUUGUACACAAAAUUAAAAACAAAACACUUUUCAGGAAUAAUUGUCUUCUUUAGGCAUCAGUCAGUAUUUAGUGUGAUCUCUCUUGGCACGAAACACAUGUUCUUGAGCUUUUUUGAGGAGACUGAAGUCCUGAAGUCAUUCGAUUAGAAUUAGAAAUUAGGAUUUAAUUUCAUUUAGGUUCAAGACAUCCUGCCUGCUAUUUCUCAAGUGGAAGGGAGUUUACCCUAAAUACUUGACACUUCGGCUUAUACUUUUAUACUGUUUUUAAUACUACACAGUACACACACAUUUAUUGUAUUUUCUGGUUGUAUUCCUAUAAAGAGACUGAGAAAUAAUUAUGGUCACUAUACAAUUGCAAAAACAUCCAAUCUAAUAGGAGCAUGGUGGCAUAAGACUUUUGCACAGUGUAGCUCUCUAAACAUCUCUUUUAUGAAAAAAGUUGUCAAGUUUGUGGUGUUUAUUUGAGCUUGUGCAAUCUUGACUUGAAUAUUGUUUGCCAAAGCAAAAUGAAUUCACUCUCCUAAUAUGCAACUUUGAGGGUCAAAGGGUCAUUCUUCUAAUUAGCACCAUCUUAUAAUGAGUAUUUCAAUCAAUAAAAUAGAUUUUUACUUAA